UUUAGCAGCUCACGGCUGUUUGUGCUUUUCACUUGUUAAGUUACACAUCAUUUUCACUUUCCCUACUUCCUGAAUCUUGAUCACAGCUUAAUAACCAUCACUGCAAGCUGUCCUUAGGCCUGGCCAGCUAAGCUGGAUUUCACGCAUCUGAUAGAAUAAUUCAACCGCUAUCAACAGAAUCAGCCAGACCACGGAAAUCUCGGCAUUCUCUAGAAUCAUGACGUAGGCGCUUUUUUACUUACUAGGUUACGACCAAUCCCGCAUUUUGCCACUCUUACAUAACACUACGGAUCCUGCCGACGUAAUCACUCGCUAGUACUCAGACGAAGUCGGCUGGAGAUACCUUCCCUCGAACUUCCAAACUCGCUUCAUGUUGCGCAGAAUCGUAUAAAAUUCGCAAGACGGAACAGUCUUGACUUUCUAGCAGCUCGUAAAUCUAUCGCCAACUGUACCAGCCCCUGUGUUGCUCACACAUGUCGGUUAUAGCCUCAGAUGAGCAGAGCCAGCAGUUAGGAGCCCCAGACGGCGAGAGUUUAAGCCGUUGCUCAGCGGAUGAGGAGCCAGUUCUGGGUUCUGAUAGUGGUGAGACUAUUCAUAUUCUGCUCGAGCGCCUCAUGGCGUGGAAGCACGUAUGCGAAUAUCUCCGUUCAUAUAUUGUUGCAACUGCAAAAGCGCAGAAAUCUCAGUCAAGGGAAUAUGAAAUGAUACUGAAGAGCGUUAGCUCUCCGCUCAAGGAAAGCCAUCAUUUUAAACCAAGCACAGAUGGGGUGGCUGGGCUUUUCGAGGACAUAUAUAUCAAUACAAAGGAAAUGGUUAAUGUGUAUGCCGCAGCUGAGCAGAAUCUCAAUGACAGUGUGCAACCUAUGCUGGAGCGCCUGAUUGAAGAAAUCAAAUUCAAAGCUAAACAAUUGAGAUUUGACAGAUCCAGAGGAACAAGUCUAAUCGAGAAAGCAUGGCGCGCAACACAGAAACAUAUUAUUCUCCUUGCUAGGAGCACUCGGUCCUUUGAUGCUGGCACCGUGAACAUGAUUAAGCAGUCCCAUGAUCCCUACCUCCUCCGCCAGGUUGUUGACAGCCAAUUGCAUGAGCAAGCAACGAAAGAACAGGACGAUCGACAAGAAAAUCGAGAGAUUCAGGAAUCUUUUCUGUGGUUCGAAAUGCAUAUUUUACAAACGGUGCAGUGUGUUUUAGCAAAGCUCUUCCAAUUUAUGGGUGGCCAGUUCGAUCACCAACGUGCAAUGUACGGUGACAUUCUGGGUACUGCACAGCUAAUUCAUCCGGAUUUGGAAUGGUUCAGUUUCGUGGAGCGAAAGAACGCGGCACCAUUGGAUCAUGAAGCUAUGCAGAGGUUGUCCGUAUAUACAACGUUUCCGAACAAGGACCAUCGAGCAACGAAACCUAUAAUCGAAGGCGACCUAGUAUGCGAUUCUCACGGUACAACUAAGGAUUGCCAUUGUGUGGUUACACCAGCAGGUUACUUGUAUGGUUUCGGUUAUUAUGAUGACCUUUCCCGACAUACAGUUCCGGAGCUGUCCUUGUUCCUAGCGAACUGUUACAUCAGUCCUGUCGAUAAUGUCAAUUUCAUUGUUCAAGGCGUGGAUUUGUCCAGCAGGAGCCUCGUGAAUCCAUUUCACACCACCACUGAGUUCAGGUUCAGGGCACAAAGUCCCAACGAGGCUGAGAAAUGGCAUUCCGCCAUUGAUGUAGCUAUUCGAUUGCCGACGUCUUCGUUGCGAGCGGCCAAAGCAGAUGCGGCUUAAUUUGAAGAAAUAAAACAACUCUUUCAAGACUGGU